GCGGUGUGCGGCGGCGGCAGCGGCAGCCAUGGGGCGCUGAGCCGCCCGGGAGCGCGGCCCCGGGGCUGGUGGGGGCGAUGCGAUGAGGGGCUGCGGGGCCGGCGCGGGGCCGCUGCUGCUCGGGCUGUUGUUGGCCGCGGCGCCGGGCGCGGCGCGGGGCAAGGAGACGGCGUUCGUGGAGGUGGUGCUGUUCGAGUCUAGCCCCAGCGGCGACUACACCACCUACACCACCGGGCUGCAGGGGCGCUUCUCGCGCGCGGGGGCCACGCUGAGCGCCGAGGGCGAGAUCGUGCAGAUGCAUCCGCUCGGACUGUGUAAUAGCAAUGACGAGGAAGACCUGUAUGAAUAUGGCUGGGUAGGAGUGGUGAAACUGGAACAGCCUGAACUGGAGCCUAAGCCAUGCCUCACUGUCUUAGGAAAGGCAAAACGAGCAGUGCAGCGAGGAGCCACAGCGGUCAUCUUUGAUGUCUCUGAAAACCCAGAUGCCAUUGAUCAGCUGAACCAGGGCUCGGAGGACCCUCUGAAGAGACCGGUGGUGUACGUGAAGGGAGCUGAUGCUGUCAAGCUCAUGAACAUUGUUAACAAGCAGAAAGUGGCACGAGCGAGGAUUCAGCAUCGCCCCCCACGGCAACCCACUGAGUACUUUGAUAUGGGAAUUUUCCUGGCCUUCUUCGUGGUUGUGUCUCUUGUUUGCCUCAUUCUUCUUGUCAAAAUCAAACUGAAACAGCGACGUAGUCAGAAUUCCAUGAACAGGCUUGCAGUGCAGGCACUGGAAAAAAUGGAGACCAGGAAGUUUAAGUCCAAAAGUAAGGGACACCGUGAAGGUAGCUGUGGAGCACUGGACACGCUCAGCAGCAGCUCCACCUCUGACUGUGCCAUCUGCCUGGAGAAGUACAUUGAUGGGGAGGAACUGCGUGUCAUUCCCUGCACUCACCGAUUUCACAAGAAAUGUGUGGAUCCUUGGCUGCUGCAGCAUCACACCUGUCCCCACUGCCGCCACAACAUCAUAGAACAGAAGAAGGGAAAUGCAGGUCCAGUCUGUCUGGAAUCCAUCAACCCCACACGCAGCCGGCAGCAGAGAGUGAUUCUGCCUGUCCAUUAUCCAGGCCGAGUGCACAGAGCAAACCAGAUAACGGCAUAUCCCACUCGGACAAGCAUGGACCCUCAUGGAAACCCUAUCACAGUGCUUACAGUUGAGCGACAUGGUGAACAGAGCCUCUACCAAGCCCAGUCCCCAGCCUAUAUCCGAAGUUAUCAGCCUAUUCAUUUGGACCAUGCUUUAAACACGCAUCACUGCAGCCUGGAACACAGGGCGUACUCUCCAGCUCACAACUUCCGAAGACCCAAGUUUGGUGGACGCAACUUUUCCAAAGCAGCGUGCUUUUCACAGUAUGAGACCAUGUAUCAGCACUACUACUUCCAAGGCCUUAGUUACCCUGAGCAAGAUGGACAGCCUCCAGCUGGCAUUUCCUCAAAGGGUCCUUCCCGUGCCUUUCAGCCUGGUAGCAGCGUGCUUUUCCCUCCUGUGGUACACGUAGUGCCCUCAUCCCGCCUGGAGAGCGGCAGUACCUCCAGCUUCAGCUGCUAUCAUGGUCACCGUUCAGUGUGCAGUGGAUAUUUGGCCGACUGCCCUGGGAGCGACAGCAGCAGCAGCAGUUCUGGUCAGUGCCACUGCUCCUCUAGCGAUUCCAUGGUUGACUGUACCGAGGUCAGCAACCAGGGGGUUUACGGGAGCUGCUCCACCUUCCGCAGCUCUCUGAGCAGUGACUAUGACCCGUACGUUUACCGCAGUAAGAGCCCUUGCCGAGCAGGUGAGGGUGGUGGUGCAAACAGGGGUGCAAUUGUUCUCUUGGAGGGCCCCCACCAGGACGAGCUCCCAGCUCUUGGUCACAGUCUGGUGGGUGCUGACUGCCGGGCUGUGCCAGCUUCUUCCUCAGGGGACCAACUGUCUAAUUGCAGCAUGGAUAUGAACUAUAGCAGCAAUUCCUCACUAGAGCACAGGGAUCCAAAUGGCACUACCUCAGAGGGAGGACAUGAGGCCACUCCUGGUGCUGCCUUGGAUGUUAAAAGGAACUGGAAGAAUCCAGAGAUAGCAGGGCCGCUGAUGGAGCAAGCGUGCGCGUGCUGCUUUGAGCUGCAGCACUCUGCCCUGGAGCCUAGCAGUGGGACAGCCGACUGUAGUGCGCUCUUCCUUAGCUCUCCGCUCUGGGGGACGUGUGGCCCAGGGGUAGAACCACAGUCAGGGAACACCACGGGCUUGUACAGUAUUAACUCAGACCACUUGCAUAGGACAGAUGGGGUAAAAUACGAGGGGUUGCCCUGCUGCUUCUAUGAAGAGAAGCAGGUAGCCUGUAGUAGCAACAGUGGCAGUGGAGGUGGUGGCUGCUAUACAGAAGACUAUGCAGUGAACGUGCAGUACACGCUUCCUGACAACACCUUGCCAAGCUGCUGUAAGGGUGUGUGUGAUCUGGGUCAACGCAUUCCCAUAAUUCCUGAAGACAGAGACUGCGAGCUGAUCCUACCUACAGAGUGCCAAGGGACCCACACAGGAGGCUGCAGUUCCUGGGAUGGAACACCUGAGCUGGAUACUUAUCUGCACUGCCAAGGUUUAGGAGAGGUACAGGAUGAGAGGGAGAUGUGCUAUGAAGCAACGUCAUUCCUGCGGCAGAACUACUCUCAGGAGGAGGAAGCCAGAAUGCUCUUUCCCAGUCCCACUCUGAACUCCCAGAAGCUGAUGAUGACGACCACAAAGGCCACAGGUGCUGGAUCUCAUCCCUUGGAGAGAAGCCAAAUUGGUGACUAGAGCUGUCCAGAUGAUCCCAGAUGGAGAAGUGGAGCUCAUCGAAGACUCCAGAUUCUCAUGGACUUAAUUCUAUUUUGAGCUUUGACAAACACACAAAAGUGGUAAUGUGGAGAAGUCCCUCCCCCGCUUCCUCUUCCUCUGUGUCCACAUCAGCUUGAUUGUCUACUUUCUUCCUCUUGCCUGAAGCCUUCAGGCCUCCAUUUGUGUGCAGAACCCAUGUGGGACGUGGUGUGGAGCGUUUCUGAGCUCUUGUGCCAUUUCUAUAUUAAUGACAAAGUGUUAUUUAUAUUUUCUUUUUAGAAGUGACCGUGCCAGCUCUUGCUGAGAGCGAACACGGUGUGUUAAAUAAGCCAGGCUAUGUGUAGAUGCUGUUAUCUCCUACUUAAGGAGUCCAGCCUUCGAUAAGCUCAGGGCUACACCUGCCUUAGAAACCAGAUAGCACCUUGAAAUAUAGUAGUCCAGAGGGAUACAGCUGCUGAACGGAUGCUGAGAUGCCGACUAAUCCUAGUAGCAAAUCCUGGUAGCCAGCAAGUUCUGUGAGCGAUUUUAAGGGAGGUGAAGCAUUGGACUUUCACCUUUCCUCUCCCCUCCUCCCCCUUUCAUGCUGCUCUGAUGAUUUGGCUGGGAAGGGUCUCCUGCCAUUCCGAUUAGUUUUAACAGAGUGGGGGAAGGGAAACUGAUAGCUCGGAACUCAUCCUCACUUCCUGCGAAACCAUGGACCUCAUUGUAUCUUCUGACUGGUGAAGAGUGCUGGGAACCCCUCCCUCAUGCUAGAAGAAAGUGCUUGGAAAGGGCAAUACCUUUGUAGGUAAUGAACCUUGCCUUCCAUAGGAAGUUUUUCAGGCAGCUGUAGCUGCUGUUACAGCUGUGAGGAUUCUGGCGUAUGCAGGACAGCAGAGCUUGCAAGAUGCUUGCAGCUUGGCCGGCUCGUUUUGGAAACAGGUCAGAAGGUGUCUUGUUUCCUUCCAGACUGCGAGUGUGCCUAAGGGAAGCAGUGCUUGUCCCCUUCUGGGCAUGUGGGGAAGUGAGGGACUCGGUUUAACCAUUGUUUUCUUGCUUGCUGUGGGUGAUGUCGCUUCCAUAGAUCGAUCUGUUUUAAAGGUUGCUUGGGCCCAGCCAGUUGUGCUUCAUUUUUUGUCUUGUGUACAGAGCGCUCUCUGUACCCCGCUAGCCUGGGCACAUACUUUUGUUCUUGUUCUUGUACGAGUGGGCAUGUUUGUUAUCGUGAGAUAAUCGAUGUCGUCACUUCUGAUAGCAAUUGUUUCCUGUGGAAACAGCGGCUUCUGCGUAAGAGGCUACCAUAGCAUGGUUUAAAUUGCCUGUCAUGCUGCAUGUGCCUGAGGACACAGUGUCAUCCUGCCUGGUGUAUUCACAGCAGGAAUUCUCCUAAAGGGAAAUGAAUUAUUUAAUGCCCGCAGUGCCAGUCUCCUGAAAAGAUUUGUCCAAAGUUCAGUACGCUCUGGAGACACCCAAAAAAAGAUAAAAGAGAGACGUACGCUUCGCAUUAUGUUCUUCUGCCAAAGUAAUGUCCAUGACAGCACUGGGCUAAUUGUGAGAACCAGCAAAGUGAACCUGUUUGCUUUUUAGUCCCAAAUGAAAUAUUUUUAAAAGAAGCAAACGUCUAAGAAAUAAUAAAUACAUUCAUCUGUUUACUUUUACUUUCUGUACUCAAGAAGUCAGGGGGAAAAGAAACUCUAUUUAAAGGAAUUCGCAUUAAAUCUUUCUAGAUGAACAAACAUGAAAAUCCAGCUGUUCAGAGAAUUGAUCUGAGGUGAUAUCUGGGUAUAAGAGUAAAAGGAAAAUUCCAAUAAACACAUUUUCUGUGUAUAAAGCUUAUUGAAAACUUACUCAUUCUCUGAAUGACUGCAGUAAGUGGUAUUUGUUGGGAGAAUAAACUAUAUGUUUGGGGGUUUUGUUUGGUUGGGGUUUUUUAAGUCUUACCUUUCUCCUUCCUCCACUCAAAAGAAACUCAGCGUGGAAGCUGUGGGGUAUGACCUUGGUUCUUCCAUGUGGUGGUGUUUUGCGAGACACUGAGGCCACGCCGGAGGCUUUGUGCUCCGUAACUACAUGGCAGGUAGUGGUAAGAAAAAUAAGUGGUUAUCAAAAAGACAUUUGAAUAUUGAUGUCUGGCUGUUCUGACAGUGUUCCUGGAUGCACCGGUAGCGUUCACGCACUGUGGAGGCCAGUACAGCGGCCUCCGCUGGCCUCCCCACAGAGCCCCGUGCUCGGUUUCGUGUUGGGUUUUCUAUUCAAGAGUUAAUUCCCUGCUACCUGCGUGUCCGCGUAGACUUACAGGAUAGCUGGCUGCGAGAGGUGGUUUUUAUAACAAAAUGCCUUUCUACUACUCCCAUGAACGGUUGUCAUUGUGUUUGGCUCAUGAGGCACUAUUUAAAAUGUUUUUAAUUAAAGUUAUAGCACUUAAAAUUGUUUUGUAUAAAAUUUGCUGUAAAGAUUUGUAAUAUGGUCAAAGGGCUCUUUCUCCUUCAUUACCAUUUUUUAAAAUGUUUUAAAAGCUAGAAAACAUCUUGUAUAUAUUCUGUAUAUGUAUAGCAGCACAUUUCAUUUAUGGAAAUAUGUUCUCAGAAUAUUUAUUUACUAAUAUAUUUAUCUUAAGCCAUGUCUUAUGUUGAGAGUGUGUGACAUUAUUGUAAUAAUCAUUGAAAAUCACUAACAUGAGGCCCUGUAAAUACAUGAUAAUUGCACACAAAGAUUUUACAGUACUUGCCGACCAAAAAUGAUUUAAGAAAAGUUGUAGUUACCUGCAGUUUUGUAAGAAAGUGUACAAAUGUCUGUAUUAAAAAAAAAAAAAAAAAAAGGCAAAACCACACAAAAAUACAGUUUUAUUGCAUAUACACCUGGAAGUUGUCCGUCUUGUGUGGGGGGAAAGGACGUGGAUAGCUGUGCUACUCCAGGUACAGUCCAGGAUACACUGAGAUCAACUGUAAUAACAAUAUUUUUUCCUUUGGUUAAACAAGAGUGGGUCUGUCUGUGCAGCCCCGAACAGAAGCAAUCGUGGUAAAAAGUUCAGCAGUGGUGUUUUUUUUCUGUUGAGGCAACCCACGAUAUUCUGUGUUGGGGUCGUUGGGUUUUCAGCGAGUGACGCAGUUGAAUAUCCACCAGAAAUAAGCUUUCUCCCCUGGCGUUGUGCACAGUGAGCUCCCAGUUUCCACUGCUUUCCCAGUGCUGUCCCAGCCCGGGUCUGCUGUGCUCGGCACCCCUGGCCACGGCCGGCUGGCGCUGCUGAGGAGGGAAGUGGGUAUAUCCUCUGCAGGGAAACAAAGGUUAGGUAGGAAGGGAGGCAAAGACGAUGCAAGGCACUGCAGGAAAAGGGAAGGGCGAGGAACGUGGUGCAGCCGAGCAUGUGGGAAGAGCUGCGUGGGGGCUCUGUGCAGCUUAUCUGGGGGCAGGGACUCCCCCAAGCCCCUGAAGCCUCCAGGAGUGGCACAUCUGGAGGGCAUCCUCGUUUGUGUUUGGAGCCUCCCUCGUCCCUCCCUCCACUGCUUUUUGCUGUGGAUGAGCAGUGCUCAGUUUUCUCAUUCCUGGCUCUGAAGAAAAACGUGAGGCAAUUGUGCUUUUCCGAGCAGGCACCACGCUACCCUUCCUGUCCCACAGCACCGUCAGCGAGCCCAGCUGCUGGCUCUGACAGCUCCGGGCUGUUGCCUGAGCCAACUGGGGUUGAGUUGGGGGGGAAUUCUGUCUCUUGUGGAUUUUUUCUAAGAAUGAAAUGUAAACCGUUUCUAUCAAAAAUGGAUAUUUUUAUAUUUGGGGCGUGGGGGAGUUUUUUGCACUGUUGAGGUUCAAUACUGAAGGAAUAAAUUUGUGGCAAAAGAGAAGAGUCCUGCAUGGAGUCUCCAUCUGGUAAAACAGGCAAAGCAGGAACAGACUGCCGGGAACGAGCCUGUGCAUUAUGGUGACACUUGGUGUUUCUGUAACACAAUCUCAUUUUUGCUGGGUGCAUCUGUCAAACCCGGCGACAGCUGCUUGGGAACCUUGGUUGGUACUUGUGAUGAGAAAAGUGUCCUUAAAAGGAGGGCCAAGUUCUCCCCACGUGGAGCCAGCCCGGCCAGGAGCAGACAGCGUACCUGAAACCAGAGCUUUCAUCUCCAAUGGAAGCGCCGUGCCCCUGCGACCUGAGCUCCUCAGAAAGAAGUGUCUCUUUCAGAAUAAAGAAUACAUGUCCCUCCUGGGGAGCGACGCCGUUGCUUAGGAAACAAUAGAGAAAAGGGAGCAGUUCCCAGAAUAAACAGGAGCGUAAGAGGAGUCCAAAACCUGAAAGGCAAGAAGAGCGCAGGGGGAGAGGGGAGGGCAAUCACCCUGGCAGUUGUGUUUCUGAAAGAAAUGAGAAUUUGAGCCCUGCUGUGCAGCUCUGGGACGGGGAUGGGUACCUGUCGCUUCUGUUCAGGCGAUUAUACCAAUGGCACUGAGGUUUCUGAGAGGGAGUAGCGUUAUUUUGGUCAGAAGGAGGAAUGCAUGAGAGAAAAGGUGAAUGUCACAAGCAAGGGGAAACAGUGUGACCGGUGCUGCAAUUUGUAGAGAAAACACUGAAAAAAUUGUUAGUUCCUUCAAACAGUUUGAAAACACCUAAACUGAAAACUUUGGCUGUUACCUCAGGAAUUGCUUCUCAGAGCAAUAACAUAUUUUCUGUAUGUAAUUGUUUUCAGCUCAACUAUUCCCUUCUGCCCCCCGCGGAGGGCAAUUCCCUUGUAACCUGGUGAGCAGCAGCGGUUUCUGCUUCCUUUAUUCCGUGCUUGUCAAUACAGCAGCGAUCCUGACCGAGCUCCUCGUGCAGAAAUUCACCGUGUUUAUUCUUAUAUAACUCUUGCUUACAGCCGUGUGCAGGACACCCGUGUGUAAACACAGCCGGUCUUUCAGGGAUGAGUCCUUUCAAGUUGAUUUAUCCAGGUUCCUUGUUGGCGUUAUCUGGGAGAUGCAAUAGCCUGUGGAUCAACAGGAACUUGUCUUUAGGCUGCGAUGCAUGAUGCCAGCUUUCAUCCCAAAGCACAGGUGCUCAGUGCAAUCGGGAAAGUAUGAGCUGCAUGACAUGUGUGUGUAUUGGGGGAUGUUACAGACAGAAUGGGAUGGUCUGAUGGUGAUUGUAUUUCUUGCUCUGAAGGUCUCAAGGCAGCAGAAUUGAUAAGGCCGGUCAUAAAGGUCUAGAAGAGGAUCCAGGUGAAACUCUCACUGGACUGCAUCCCAUUGGAAGGUUGUGAAAUAUCCUUGCUGCAAGGUAUUCGGAACGAGUUGGACAAGUGUUUGUCAGAAGUUGUUUUUGUCGGGCGUUGUUUUUGUAGUUCACCCUUCCUUUAGGCAAAGCGGUGCACUGGAAAACUGUUUGCAGUCCUUCCCACUGCCCGAGAAGGCUUAUUAAGCAGAAGAUGAAACUGGAAUUGUUAGUCACGCUCAUUCAGCAGCAGCCAAGCGGCUGCUGAGGUGUUUGCAGUCACACAGGCUGCGGGUUCAGUGCUGUUUCCAGGGCUAUCAGGAAAAUCUCCCGUUUAUACCCUUGCCAGGGGAGCCUGGGAUACAGUGACUGUAAUUCUGCAAUAGUGCUGGGUUGUCCGCACGAGCAAUGUGUGAAACCUCCCAGCGCUGCACUGGCUGUAGGAAAUCUGGCAGAAACAAAGCUUAAAAAAAAUGAGAUGUUAAUGCUUGAUUGAAAAAGCAGAUGACAGGGUUGAUGUUAAACUGUUCCCAAGAGCGCAGACACCUGACUGCAGACUGGGAUGAACAACCUGGAACAAUUACAAGCUAGAAAUGAGAUUCAGAGGAGGAGAGAGUGUCACAGCAUUUAUCCUGCCCCCAGAAGGAGUCCGUGACCCUCUCCUCGGUGCUCCUCUCUCAUAUAGACCAAUGAAUUAACUUUGAUUUUUUUCCUAUGGUUACAGUGUAUAGAAAAUUUAUUUUUCCCAGAGUGUAAACUAACAUCUUUUCUUCCUAUAAAAUGUUAGCAAGAUACAAGCAUAAGACGCUGUAUUAAAUAAUGCAUUUCCUAUACAUAUAUAAAUAUAUAUAUUACUAUGAUAGCAUAUCACACAUUUUUAAAUAACACAGUCUCUAUUGCCCCAAAACAUAACAAUAUUAAGACAAAAGUACAUAUAAAAUCAUUUAAGUCGCCAAACUAAGCCGGUUUUAAAGAGGAUGGUGGAUGCAGGAGGCCAUUCAUCCCCAAGGCCCCUGGAGGCUGUUGGAUGGCGGUGUGGGUACCAAGGCAGGAUGUGCUGCUCCCUCUGCUCGUCGUUCCUCGCUGUGCCACCCCCCAUGGACGAGAUCAGAGAACUCUGUUAACGGGAACUCAGGGAAGAGAAAGCACUGGUAAUUUUUAACCCCAUGAGUUUAUUACACCACCGCGCAGCACGGAGGGGCUGCAGUGGGGGCCGGAACGCGGGUGGACGAGGAGGCAGCUCCUCCUGAUGGUUUUGGUGUCAAAACAGCUGCUUUUGAAAUCAUGGCCGAUGUCCCGCACGCAGCCUGGUGCGGGAGCUGCUGCACAGGGGGUCAGGAGGCCAUUCCCAUAUGAUUCCAAAGGAAUUUUUCUCCGCAGUUAUUUCCAGUGUGUUGAAGGCGAUGCUGUGAGCACCGAGGCGCCGUCCCCCCG